UCCACACAUAGGUAGGUGAGAAGAUGACACACCACAAAUAUGCUUAUUUGGUAAGUCCAAGCUUACAUUCUAAAAAGGUAGGUGGAGGACAUCGAGAGCUGUAGUUUUGUGAAUCCACCGCGAAAACGGAAAAGUCCUGCUUUUCGGUGGACUUACGAGCAUGAGUUUAACCAGUGUUCCUUCUAAAGUGGAGGUGAUGGGAUGGAAUCCCCAAAGUCUAGCGGAGUACAUGAGGAGGCUCAAGUUUUUAGGCUGUGACAAAGUAGUGACAAAGGGCAGCAUAACUGGAGAACAGUUCAUGAAAAUGACUGAGUGUGACCUCCAAGUGUUCCCCAGCCUUUAUGUCACAAUAAUUGCCAAGAUCCAAAGUGAUAUCAACGAGGGGGAGCAGAAGAGGGCCUUUGGUCAUAAAUCAAAGGCACAAAAGUAUCCAAAACAAGAAUCUGUACAGAAGGAAGAAAUCUGGGACUCGGGUGAAUUUGACAACGAAAGUGAUCUUGACUAUGAGGGUCCACACCAGCAGGAAGAGGAAGACGGCUACAUCUGUGCACUGACUGAGCAACAAGAUAGUGACGGGACCAGUGAAGAUGACUACACGAUGCCUUCUUCUGCAGACGCGGCGAAGCCACCUCGACACCUGGGAGUGUCCGAACCUCAGGACGGUCACCACAGAGAUCCUGUUCAUUAUCCGUCCCCUGCUGAAAGGACCUUAAAACCUCCAAUUCCUUGUCCAAGAAUGAACAGUCCCGCUCAGAGACCCUUCAAAGCACCAGCCAGCCAUCCCAAUCUGCACAUUGACAGGAGCAAAAAGCCUGGGCAAUCUGGGCCAUCCCAGAAAGACCUUACAAAAUCAAAGGGCAGUGCUGUCGAGGCUCUUGGCUCACCCACUGGCAUCAUGUCUCAACCAAGGACCCAACAUGUGUCCAACAGACCAAGUAAACCCAUCCCAGCUCCUCCGGCGCCAACACAACCUUCCAAGGUUCACAUUCCAAUACCACAACCAAGAAAGCGCAUCCAGGGUUUGGAUCCCAGCUGGUAUGGAGCAAAGGUGACCAGGCAUCAAGCUGAAGUUGCUCUCAGAGAGGUGAACAAGGAUGGGGCGUUUGUGGUGAGGGACAGCUCCCAUGGCUCAGUUGAGCAGCCCUACACCCUGAUGCUGCUGAAACAAGGCAAGGUUUACAACAUUAAGAUCCGUAACCAAGGCAACUCCUACUCCCUCGGCACCAGCCUCAACAACAAGAGUUUCCCUGGGGUGAAGGAGAUGAUUACCCAUCACACACACACCCCACUGCGGCUCAUUGAUGCCACAGACCAGAGCUCUGAAGCACAGUCCCAGUGUUGCCUGCUGCACCCUGUGGGACUCUGACCAGCGCCGGCACCAACCUUAAUGUGGGUGUUUGCGUCUGUCUCUGUGAUUCUGUAUGCUAAUUUGUGCACAUGAAUACAUGUGGCUUCUUAAGAAACCUUUUAGGAACAUCCUAACAAAUGUCGCAACUUGUACAACCACAAAAGGUCAUCGUUAUGUAAUUCCUCUUUCCCGUAAUCUCUCUUGUAUUUUUUUUGUGAACAGUGGGAGAGAAAAGGAAUGAUUUUUACAUGGCUGAUGGCUUGUAUAUUUAAUUAAACUAUGUUUUCCAGUCACACAGCAUUACCUCUGUUCGUCACGCCUCAAGUUUCAGGACAAGCUGGGGGCCGCUGCUCCAGUGCCUCUUGGACUUUCAGAAACGCCAGCUUGUCAGGGUGGCCAACACAAACGAUCAGCUCACAUUGACUCAGCUGGGUUCGCACUGCAAGCAGAAAUCACAUAGCUGGUUUCACAACAUCCUCGGGUCAACACGGUUCUAAGAUGUCCGAAAGUCACAUCUGAGAAUAUGUAAGGUCCCACAACAAGGAUGACAGUAUUUAACAGGAAACAGCCUGAAUGACAUAUGCUAUUUUGUCCUGUUACUGUAAAGCAGUACUGGUAUUCACUGUGUAACUGACCCAAACAUACAUUAUUAAAACACAAGUCCAUUUCCCUAACACCAUAAAUGAUGUUGGUGAUCACUGAGAAACUGUGUUUUAUUUGGAGAUAUCCGAGAGUCAAGUCAUCUGCUAAUGCUAUUCUACACCUUCAUUCUAACUAGGUUUUGAAUGUCUGAAAAAUUGUCAAAAUAAAAUUCUCACAAAAGUCAA